AUGAGUCCCUUCCGAUUAGUGUACGAAAAGGCUUGUCACCUUCCAGUAGAGGUGGAACACAAGGCUUUAUGGGCUGUGAGGGAGUGCAACAUGAAUCUUGAAGAAGCUGGUGCUGAAAGGAAGUUGCAAUUAGCAGAAUUAGAAAACCUUCUCCUAGAAGCAUAUGACAAUUCCAGGCAAUACAAAGAAAAGAUGAAGGCAGUCCAUGACAAGCACAUCAAAAGGAGAGAAUUCAGACCAGAGGAGUUAGUUCUUCUUUACAACUCCAGACUGAGGCUCAUGCCCGGUAAACUGAGAUCAAAAUGGGAAGGUCCCUACAGAGUGGAAAAGGUAGAGCCAUACGGAGUUUUUCACCUGCAUCAUCCUUCCAGCUCCAAAUUCAUUAAAGUCAACGGACAUUGCCUGAAGCUUUAUCAUGGAGAAAAGAUAAAGGAUAACAAAGAACUCAAGGUUUUCCUCUUGGAAGACCCACCAACAGAAGUAGAAUGA